UUGGCGUCACGCCGACCACGCGCCGAUUAGACCAAUCUUGAGGACGCGGGAAGCGAGCUGGACUCGCUUUUGGGCGCAUGGAACAUGAUAGAGAUGUCGAGCGGUCUCGGUGCAACUGCAAUGGGGAUCGGCGUUAGUCACGGGACAGGCGGCGAGGGUAUAGCUGGUGGUUGCCGCCUCCGUGCGCAGAACCAAAGCCAGACCACGGGGUCCGCGAUGCAGCACAGCAAUCCGCAGUCAUCGUCUCAGCAGCAGCAACAGCAGUCGCAGCAGCAACAGCAACAGGCGUCCGCCUCGCAGCAGCAGUCGCAGCAACAACGUCAGACGGCCGGAUUAAUUGGUCGUUCGAAGAAGGACAACUGUUGCCUGUGCUGGUGCUGUUGCUGCAGUUGCUCGAAUUCAUGUUUGGCGGCGAUCGGCGGUAACUCGACGGGCGCGAGCGAUCAGAGCAAGAAGAAGGGCAACGCUAGCAGCGGCGAGCACAGCGGCGGCAUCAGCGGUGGCGAUCUUUCGGGUGCAGGUGCGGGUAACGGUCUCGACGGACAUGACGGCCACGAGGGCAGCUUGGAGGAAAUUCGGUCGUGGGGCGCGUCCUUCGACAAGCUGAUGAAAAGCACCGCAGGUCGCAACCUCUUCAGGGAGUUCCUCGUGAGCGAGUACAGCGAGGAAAACAUCGCUUUCUGGCUCGCCUGCGAGCAGCUCAAGAAGGAAACGAAUCUCGAGAGGAUCGAGGAGCAGGCGCGCUUCAUUUACGAGGAUUACAUAUCCAUACUUUCGCCGAAGGAAGUGAGUCUGGAUUCGCGAGUACGGGAGGUCGUGAAUCGCAACAUGGUGGCGCCUACGCCGCACAUGUUCGACGAGGCGCAGCAGCAGAUCUACACCCUCAUGCACCGGGACUCGUAUCCUCGCUUCGUGAACAGCGAGAUUUACCGGAGGGCGGCCAGACUGAACAGCAGCGGACCGCCGAGCCCGAGCGCCGGGCAGGAGCACAGCGGCGGGAAAACGAAGGGCAAGAAGGGCGCAACGUAAUCGUGAUUGACGGGUUUAGGGAUAUCGGGGGCGCGGACCAAGAUCUUCAAAAAUUAAUAAAGUAGUUUCCACCGAGGCACACACACGCGUUGAUCGGCCGAAAAAACGUUCGACAAGGACUUGCGAGCCUCCGUCAAGAACGACGAAUCGCCCGUGCGAACGAUAUAUGGCCGAUGAAGCUGAUCUCCUUCCUCAGGAUCGUGAAAGAUUCAUCCACCGUCGGGUGUACGACGAGUCUCCUAGCGCUCGCGUCGAAUCGGAAGCCAGGAGCUUGUUCGAGUGAUUCGCUCUUCCACGCGAAGGCGCAACGGGGCCAUAUAAUCGCGCUCGCGAUUGCACACGCGAGCCAGAUUACGACGCGAUAAUAAUCAUGAUGACGGACUGAACGUGCGACGAGAUCGUGGUCGGUCGCGCAGAUCACGGAUCGCGGCGUUCCACUUCCAGAAACUCGGUGCAAAGCACGCGGCACGACAGAUCGUAGCCGGGGAAAAUAAAAAGCAAGAAAAAAAAAAGAAAAAAAAGUCACGCGAUCGCUCGGGGAUGGCGUGGACAUCAUAUGCGAACACCGCCCAUCCCACCGAGUCCAUCGAUCUUCGAGCCUUGCGAUCUUCCCUCGUUGUUGUUGUUGUUGUUGUUGUAGCUCAGCAGCUUGCGGAUGUCGAAUCGGGCUCUCGCACGAACUUUCGUCCUUCCUUUCGCUCUUCUCGGCUUAAAAACCAGCGAAUUUGAUCCGAACUCACAUAACUUAUUACGAUUUAUACAAUCCAGUACAUUUAUAAAAUAUAUCUACAUCUCUCUUUAUUUCGCGGCGAAUGUUGAAAAAAACCUUUAAACAAACACUUGCGACCAUAUAUAUAUAUAUAUGUAUAUAUAUAUAUUUUUUUUUUUCAAUCGAUCGGAUUCACGCGCGUUGAACGUGAAAGAUAUGUGAUUCCAAUUAAAUUCGCAGCACUCUCUGAAAAUAAAAAAAUAACAAAAAAAAGAUUGACCAUUCGAUUCGAUACGAAAAAAAAAAAAGAAAAAAAAAUACGAAAUGUAAUAUAGUAGAAUGACCUAUUUGAUGCGUUCGGUCGACGCGAUGACGAUAAUCGCCGCCAUAGUUACUACGUGUCCGCCCAGCAAAUCCCGCGAGCAGCAACGCUCUUUCGUGUGAGGAGAUGUCUCUCAAGCGUUAUAAAACAAAAACAAAAAAAAAAAUAAAUAAACUACUCUCAUUUUUCCCUCAAGACGCACUUCCCCCGCCCCGGACGCAUCUUAGUCGAUCGUGUGUUUCCUGUGAUCUUAAGAUAACGCGCGUAGCGAGGACGCGCCGAGAUAAGUGUGUCGCGUGUCCUCGCGAAAGAUAGGUUUAAUCUGCUCAAGAUCGAACUUUGCCGUUUGCUCUUUCUCUCUCUCUCUUUUUUUUUUUCUCUCUCUCUCUCUCACUCUCUCUCUCUCUCUCUCUCUUUCUCUUUUCCGCGACGUUUCUCUUUUUCACAGUUAUACAAAUCGAAUCAUCGUCAUAAUAUACAGCCCGAUGUAACUUCAGGGUAACGUAUCGUAACAUAACAUAAUGUAACGUAUUUUUUAUCGCUCGUACUUUUUCUACAAUCGCCGGUGAUCCAGACAGAGAGUCUUUCUCCUCCGGGAAGAACAGAGAUCGCGCGAAAAAAACUGCAUUUAUCAACAAAACAAAACACACACGCACACACACGAAGGUUUAAAAAAAAAAAAAAGAAAAAAAAGAAUAAUAUACGUAGGAAAAUGAUGUCGAGAAAGAGGGAAAGGAGGAUAAGAAGGUGGUUGUGUGUCUUCUUCCGAGCAUUCUGCGCGUCAAAGUUCUUUGGCGUUUGCUUCCAUCGCGGGUAUUACGGGUUGCCGGUGGACGGGGAUAUUUCGUCAUUUCUCUGGGUACGUCAUCCCCACAGCGAAGACUGAGCUACUGCCAGCGAAAACAUUUAAUAAUCCAACGUGCGUGUCGAAGUCAGUUAAUCAGACGAUAGGAAACAAAAAAAGAUAGCAACAAAAAAAAACUAAAGAUAGGAACAAAAAACAAGCAGGAUACACUCCAAUCGACACUACCGAACGCGCACACGACCGUACAAACGCACGCACGCACACACACACACACACAUACACACACACACACACACGUACAUUCAUGUAUCCACGCGUACACAGUCGCAGUUUUACUCUAACGUCUAAGAUGUAUCGCCUCAACUGAUGAUUAGUUUACUCUAAAGCGUGAGGCUUCCGGUAAACAAAUCUGUAUGCUCGUGUAAAAAAUAAAAAUAAAAAAAAAACUUAAUCAUCGUCACGCGGAAACGCGAACGGAAACGCGUGAUCAUGGAAGACGGCCUAAGCACGAGAAAAUAUAACUACGUAGAGUCUCCUCGAACUCGCGCGAAAUCGAGGCUGUGACGCGUCACAAAUUGGACUGAAAACG